UAUCUAGGUACAGCUAAUUGUAUUAGAGCUUGUUAACAUUAGAGGCGGCAUCAAUUGUAUCGUAGCCCUCACCAGCUAGCUAGUUGCCACCUAACAGAUCAGUCUGAUGAACAAUCCAAGACACAACACGGCAUUUAAUUUGUGGACAGAUAGAUAGCCUGGAUCCGUUGAUCACAAUGUGCGGGUUAGUAUAUUCACAUACAAGUUGCUUGUAAUCUCCCUUUAGCUUAUAUAUACAUAGUGCCCCGUCCUUAUUAGCCCUUCACCAGUACUACUGUACUACAAGUUGCUCCAGAGGAGCUAAAGCAGGACCCAACAUCCAUCCAUCUUGAAGGUAGUUUUGGACCCCCUCUGUAUCUUUAGUUGGCUUUGCUUUCCUCUGUUGAUCUUGGUAGCUUUUCCAUGCUCAUAAAUUAUAACUUGUUCCUCAUGUACCCAUGUUAGCAUUCUAGUGGUGCCUUUUUCAAUAGUUUUGGCUGGCAAUCUUCAGCUGCAACGACUGGCGGGGAUGAUUACGAUAUGUGGUUAAAAUUUGUCACAGAAAAAACGUAGCAAACAUAACGAUGGUCCUGGAUGCCUUUGCGUCCUACGUGCUACGCAUGCUGACGGAGAUGGCAAGCGAAGAGGUGCACAUGCUGCUUGGAUUCAGACGCGAGAUUGACAAGAUGGACAUUAAGCUUAGGGACCUCAAGAACUUCCUCGCCGACUCUGACAGGAGAAACAUCACCAACAAGAGCGUGCAAGAGUGGGUGGCCCAGCUCAAACGUGCCAUGUACGAAGCUGCUGAUAUCCUCGACCUAUGCCAGCUCAAUGCCAUGGAGCGUGGUAUGUGCACUGCAGAUGUGGGGUGCUUCAACCCCUUGCUCUUCUGCAUGCGGAAUCCCUCCUAUGCCCACGACAUCGGCACCCGCAUAAAGGCGCUCAACAAGAGGCUCGACAUCAUCAAGGAGCGAAGUGCUGCUUUCAGCUUCAUCCCUCUUGGUUCCUAUGAGGAUCGCAGCAGCAAGGUCCAUGGCUCUCAUUCUGGCAAUAAGAGACGUGAAACGUCAGGAGAGUUUGAUCGGUCCGGUGUAGUCGGAGAGAAGAUCGAACAAGACACAAGAAAGCUGGUUGAGAUCAUGCUGAGUGAAAAGGAGGGCAACACCAACAUCAUGGUAGUCGCCGUUGUUGGGGUUGGUGGAAUCGGCAAGACCACUCUUGCUCAGAAGGUCUUCAACGACGAAGCCUUGAAUGCAGAGUUCGAGAAGACGAUAUGGUUGAGCAUCAACAAGGACUUCAACGAGGUUGAGUUGCUCAGGACAAUCAUCACACAAGCGGGGGGAGUACAUGGUGAUGAUCAGGCGUUGGCUGUGCUUCAGCCAAUCCUUGCCACCACCUUGAAAGGGAAGAAGCUAUUCCUGGUGCUGGAUGAUGUGUGGAACCAUGGAGCAUGGAAUGAUGUGCUUAAAACACCCUUGGCUAAUGUUGUGGCUCCAGGUAGCCGAGUCCUCGUCACUACUAGAGAUGAAACAGUAGCUCGAAGGAUGAAAGUUGUGCCUCCCCACCACCAUGUGGACAAAUUAGAUGAGGAGGAUGCCUGGUCAUUGCUCAAGAAACAGCUAAUAUCAACUGAGAUUGAUGAUCAUGACAUUGAUAUGCUCAAGGAUAUUGGAGUUCAGAUUGUAGCAAAAUGUGAUGGUUUGCCUCUUGCAGUCAAAGUAAUGGGAGGUCUAUUGUGUCAGAAGGACAAAAAACACCAUGAGUGGGAGAAGGUUCUGGCUGAUUCUAUAUGGUCAAUAUCUGGACUGCCCGAAGAGCUAAACCAUGCAGUAUAUUUAAGCUAUGAAGAUUUGUCUUCUUGUGCCAAACAAUGCUUUCUGCACUACUCACUUCUCCCUAAAACUGCUUUAUUUGUUAAAAAUGAAAUCAUUGCGAUGUGGAUUAGUGAAGGAUUUCUUCACGAGACCUCGGAUGACUUAGAAGAACUCGGAAGCAUGUACUACAAGGAGUUGAUACUGAGGAAUCUUAUAGAGCCAAAUACGAAGUAUGUUGAUCAAGGUGUUUGCAACAUGCAUGAUGUUGUACGCUCAUUUGCUCAAUUUGUGGCUAGAGAUGAGGCACUAGCAGCUCACUGUGGAGAAACUAAUAUUGUUAGUAAACUUGGUGCACAUGAGUUUGUUAGGUUAUCUCUAGAAAGCAAAGCAUCAGAAUCAGAUGGGUUAGACUGGGGUUCUUUGCAAGCAAAAAAGGAAUUAAGGGUACUAAUAUCAGUUGGCAAUAUAAAUAUCAAGCCUGGAGAUUCUUUGGUUCAUUUUCCAUGCUUACGAACUUUACAUAUAGAUUCUGCGCAUGUUGCAGCAUUGCUUGAAUCUUUGCAUGAACUCAAGCACCUGAGGUACUUGUCCUUACAGAACACUGACAUGCCUAGUCUGCCUGAUAGCAUUGGAAAGAUGAAGUUCUUGCAGUACAUUAACCUUCGUGGAUGCCGGCAACUUGUGAAACUUCCAGGCAGCAUUGUAAAAUUAAGGCAGCUAAGGUAUCUGAACUUCAGUAGAACAAAUAUAAAUGGCACACCUAGGGGUUUCUGUGUUCUAACAAAUUUGAGAAUACUAUAUGGGUUUCCAGCCCAGCAAGAUGGUGAUUGGUGUAGUUUGGAAGAGUUGGGUCCUCUUUCUCAGCUCAAGCAUCUUGAAUUGGACGGAUUGGAGAAUAUAACUGCUUCCUCAUCUGCAGCAAAGGCAAAACUUGCCGACAAGGUGCAUCUUACUAUUCUAUUCUUAAAUUGUGGUAGUAUAUUGGGAGAUGAUGGGCUGAUUAAAGAGGAAGAUUGCGUGUCUGAGGAAGCGCAACAACAAAUCGAGAAGCUAUUUGAUGAGCUCUGCCCUCCGUCCAGGUUAGAAACUCUUUACAUCAGAGGAUAUUUUGGCCAACGGCUCCCAAGGUGGAUGAUUUCAUCACUAGAUGUGCCCCUCAAGAACUUAAGGAUUCUGUUCAUUGCCGACCUAGCAUACUGCACACAGCUUCCUAUUGGUUUGUGUUAGCUCCCUUAUUUGGAGCUCAUUCAGAUCGAUCGUGCUCCAGCCAUCAAGCUUGUUGGACCCGAUUUCCUGCAGGCCAACCAUCACCACAGUCCUCGUCCUUCCCAGAUGGUGGCUGCAUUUCCAAGAUUGCAUGAGAUGAAUUUGAUAGGAAUGGUGGAAUGGGAGGAGUGGGAGUGGGAGAAGCAAGUGCAGGCCUUUCCUGUCUUGCAGCAACUUAUGCUAGCGCGGUGCAAAUUGAAAUGUCUUCCUCCUGGCCUUGCCUCCCAGGCAAGGGCUUUGAAUAAAUUAAUCAUAUACUAUGUCCAGGGUCUCAUCUCUGUAGAGAACUUUCCAUCUCUGGUCGAGCUGAAACUGGCUAUAAACCUUGACCUCGAGAGGAUCACUAAUCUUCCGAGAUUGCAGAAGCUUACCAUCCAAGACUGCCCAAAGCUGAGGGCACUAGAAGAUGUUCCUGCACUCCAGAGGCUCAUACUCACAAAUAAAGAUACGGAGACACUCCCAAAAUACAUGGGAAGUAUAAACCCAAGUCAUUUGGAGCUAUACUGCAGCCUAGCACUACUCGCUUCCAUAGCCACGAGACAAUCUGGCCCUGAGUGGGACAAGUUCAGGCAUGUCGAGCAUGUCAAGGCAUAUGCAUGUGAAGGAGAUAAUUCAAGGAAAUGGUAUGUCUUGUACACAGCUAAUCCCUACAGCUUGGAGACAAAUGUCAACCUCUCUGCUUUCAUGUCUAGAGGAACCUUAACUUCUUUUGAGGACACACAAAGAUUUGAGUCUGUCUUUAAACUGACAAGAAAAACCUUUAGCUACAUCUGCAGCUUGGUUUAUGUGCCGUCAUUGGAAGAUAUGAACAGCUACACCUUUGAUGACGGGAGGUUACUGUCUUUAGAAGACCGAGUAGCCAUUGCUCUGAAAAGGUUAUACUCUAGUGAGCCACCGGAGACCAUAGGAUCCUCUGUCAGUGUGAGUGAGUCAACUGUCUUGUUGGUAAGUGAGAGGUUCGUUGAUGCUGUGUACAAGCGAGCAAAGAACCAUGGGCGCUGGCCAGACUCCAGUAAAAUGGACAACAUCAAAUCCAUGUUUGACAAGAUCCACAAUAUGCAUAACUGCUGCGGUGUUAUAUGUACAACUCACAUCCCAUUUGGACCAAACUGGGACUGUGAGAAGAAUGACAGCAUUCUAGUUCAGCUCGUCAUCGAUCCAGAAAUGAGGUUCAGGAACAUUUGGUGGGGACCGAUAAGUAGCAUGAACCAGUCAAGCAUUUUGCAUGAAUCUAAUUUGUUCAAUGAGUGCGAGGAGGGCGGUUACCUGAAUGGCAGCAAGCUGAAGGUGGCAUUAGAUGGAUCAGAAGUCGGGGAAUACAUAAUUGGUGAUGCAGGGUUCCCUCUUCUCCCGUGGCUACUCACACCUUACCAGGAAGAAGACCUCUCAGACUCCAAGGCGGAGUUCAAUAGGAGACACAACGCAGCCACAACCUGCGCUCUGAAGGCGCUGGCAAGGUUCAAAGACACAUGGAAGUACCUGCAGGGAGAGACGUCAUGCCCUGUCAAUCCGGACACACUAGUUGAAACAAUCUAUGCUUGCUGCUACUUGCAUAACAUAGUCAUAGAUAUGGAGGGUGAUGGGGCCAUGCCGAGCCCCAAGCGGAGGAAUAGCUCCAAGGAAGUGCGCCAGUUAGCAAAAGAGGAUGCUGUGAGGGCGAGGGAUUUGCUGUCACAAUACUUCUUGACCAGCAUGUCAUCCGAAUCUGGAGUUGGCCUGGCGGACCUUGAAGUCGCUGCCACAGGCUCAGGCGAUGAAGGCAAGGAACAAAAAGCACAGACAAGAGCAUCAAAGGAAGAGAGACGUGAUUGUGACCAUGAUAUCAUUACCUAAGAAAUACAGGAUUUCUUUCUGCCACAUCUUGAUUCUAGGAGGCAGGGAAGCCUUCAUUGUUCUGCUGGAAUGGAGCAUUUUUAAGGCAUGGAUGCUGAGCUGCCCUGGCAAUGGAGCCAAACAGCACUUUGUUGCUGCAACAUAAAUUCAAGUUCAACAUUGUUUUUUGUAUAAAAAAGUUUUGGUCAUCUGUCUGCUUGGCAAAGCCUACUGUUAUGUGUGUCGUCUGUACUUUUUGUAUGUGCAGUAAGCCUUUUAUGUGUCGAGAAAAUGCUUGGAGACUAUCUGUAAUUUCCAUCCGUCAGUUGGGUGCGGACUGAAGAAAUUGCAAACAUAACAGCAGGGGGUACCUGUGUAUUAAUGGCAGGCGUUCUUGUGUGGUACACCUGACUGAAGGCAACUACUGAAUGUUGCCUGGAGUUUGUUUCGUUUGCUUAUCGUCAGCAGUAUACAGUACACGAAUAUAAGCGCAUGUGUCAAAAUCCCAAAUGCUCAUGAAGGGGCGGCACGGUCGAUGCAUGCAGAGGAGGACCAUCAAGUUGCGGCAUCGGGCUCAGGGGAUAUGAACACAACAAUAUUUGAGGAAGGAAGAGAGACAUGAUGGUUGCCAGGAGAUCAUCAUUGUGCACAGGCCGGGGG